AUGCCAAAAAUAGUUGAUAAUUACGUAUUAGAGCGUAAAAUAGGAUCAGGACAAUUCGGAGAUGUAUACAAAGGUUAUAAUAAACAAAACAACUAAGACAUAGCCAUAAAAGUAGUAAAGCGUGAACUUUUAAAGGGUAAAUUUAAUGAAUUAUUAGAAAAUGAGAUUCGAGUACUUCGUACAUGUAAUAACGAAAAUAUAAUAAAGCUAUAUGAUAUAAAGAAGACUGCUAAUAAUUUUUAUUUAAUGCUAGAAUAUUGUAAUGAAGGAGACUUAAUGUAAUAUUAAAAAGAGAAGAAAUAUUUAACAGAAGACGAGGCUAUAGAGUUUUUAAUUUAAAUAAUAAACGCAUUUAAGACUUUGGUAAAGAAUAAAAUUAUGCACAGAGAUUUUAAAUUGGCAAAUAUUCUAAAACAUAAUGGAAAUAUAAAAAUUGCAGAUUUUGGAUUUGCUAAACUGCUAGGAAAUUCCAAUUUAACUUCUACUAUGUUAGGUUCUCCUUUAAAUAUGGCACCUGAAGUUUUGGAUGGAUAAGAUUAUAAUAACAAAGCUGAUAUAUGGUCAAUAGGAACUGUUUUGUUUGAAUUGUUAUUUGGAAAACCACCUUUUACAGCUGGGAAUAUGAUAGAUUUAAUAAAGAGGAUAAAAAAUAGUCCUUUGGAAAUUCCAAAAAAGAUAAAUAAAAUAUCUGCCGUGACUGAAGAUGUUUUAAGAAAAAUGCUUGUCGUUGACCCUAAGAAGAGGAUUGAAUGGGAUGAGGUUUUUGGACAUAAAAUCAACUAUUUUUUAGAUGAUAAAAUUAAAAAUGAUUUGGAGGCAACAAUGAAGGAUAACGGAUAAAUAGCAAUGAAUUUGUCAAGAUUUUAUAUUAAAAAUAAUAAAGUAAUUAAUCAUCCUUCUGAAAUCGAAAAAAAAUAAGAAAUUAAUAACUAUGCAAUUAAUGUUGCAAAAGGAGGAACAGGUAAUUAAGAAAAUUAUUAAGGAGCAAUCAUUAAGAGGUAGACAGAAAGAGUAGAAGAGUAGUAAUAAUAAUAUUAAUAAUAAUAAUAAUAGGAAGAAGUAAAAAAUGAAGACGAGGAAGUAUAAACUAAAGAGUCUUUAAGGGAAAUGUAAAUUAGAAUUAAAAAAAGAAACGCAAACAGGAUUCUUCAUGAGAGAAAUAUUUAUGUUUUUUUGGCUUCUGUAGCAGAGGAUGCAAUGAAUAAUUAAAAUAUUAAAAUUAGCGAAAUAGUCGGGUUUUUAUUAGUAAAAAAACUAUUAUAGUAAGUUGAAUUUCUAGCAAGUAAAAUGAAGAAAAAAGAAAACGUUUUCAAAUUGGAGCUUUGGGAUUAGUUUAUUCUUAGUAAAGAUUAUAAUGAUAUUUAUAUGUAUAUUGAAAAAGAACAUGAUGUUUUUAGGCUUUACUUUAAUUCGAUGUUUGAGAGAAUCAAAGGAAGCGCUUUAUUAGUUGGGAAUUAAUUAGAUUCUUAAAUUAAAUAGGCUAUUAGUAAUAAUGUUUCGUAAAAUAUUGAUGCAGUUUUAAAAUAAAUACUAUAGGAUUAUUGUGUUUAGUUAAUGUAAAGUAUAUAGGAAUAAGCUAAGAAUUUAAAAGAGUUGGAGAAUCAUAAAACUUUAGUCAUUCAUGCAGAUAGAAUCCUUGAUUGUUUAACACUUGAAGAAACUUUCGUUUUCGAAGAUAAAAAUACUUAAGAGUAGUUUAAUUUUAAACUUUAUUACGAUGAAGAUGAUAAAAUGGAAGCUGAUUAAUUACUUAGUAAAGUUUAAUAGAAAUUAUAAAAGAAAUUAUGAG